AUGCAAAUGCUCGCCGUUGCCCUCUAUGACCAAUAUGAAUUGGGCGAGGCAAUUGCCGUGUUUCGCGAAACACUUAGACUAGAGGAAAAGGUUGUUGUGGUUUACGUAGCACUGGUGGCAGAACGGCAAACCGUCGCAACGGAAAGCCGCGAUCUGUUCACGCUCGAAGCAGGAAAGGUGGAGGUGCCCAGUCGUCCGGAGCUGUUAACUGCGUUCUUCCAUCUAAACCUCUCUCCCUCACAUCAACUCCUACGUGGGGAGGCUUUGUUGAACUUCCUCGAUACUUGCGUCGGCGUGGCCGUGGUGAGCGACCAAACACUGGUACCACAACAUAUUGCGACAGAACUACUCGAGGACCAUGUCCUCAACCGGCUUGACUGGCCCUGGCUUGUCCCAACGCCACUUGACUCCAAACGCAUCGUCGUUAUCGGAGAGAAGCGUGACCCCGCAGGUUGCGAGCGAUUCUACAAGACAGCCAAAGAGUGCGGCGUGUCUGUGGUCGUCAUGGAUCGUCCCGGCCACUGGAUGCAGGACUCCGCCGGACCUGGACAGAAUUACAGGGAGCAUUUCAUCCCUUUUCCUGGCUUCGCAUCUGAUGAUGUGGCAGAGCGCAUAGUGACAGCAAUUCGUUCCUUACCAUACAUGAUCAACAACAUUGUGACUACUAUGGACCCGUUGCUCCAAGGUGUGGCCAAGGCGGCCGAGAUGCUUCGUCUUCCCACCUGCCCUUCCGAAGCCUAUCGUCGCGCGACUAAUAGGUACGAGACCAGACUCAUGCAGACAUCAGACACAAUGCUACUUGUUUCUGGCACAGAGGAUUUGAGGCCGCAGCUUGAUAGCCGUCAACUACCGCUGUCUUUCCCACUCAUUGUCAGACCUACGCGCAACCAUGGCUCUUAUGGCGUUUCCAAAGUCCAAAAUGAGACAGACUUGUACGCGGCAGUGCAACAUGCCAUUACCUUUGUCGAGACUCAGCACACAACGUUUGGCGCGCAAACAGCUGAGACAAAUAACGGCGAGUCGCUCUUUUCAGAGGUCGUUGACAACUUCCCAUGCAUGGGCGAUGAUGCUUCCAGUUUCAGCAAAACUGAACAAUUCGUGGAAACGGGUUUAGCCUGGCCAUCGGCUUUGCCCUAUGAAGAAAUAGAACUGCUCCGCAGCGAGAUGCUCGACAUUGUCAAGAGGAUUGGCUUUGAGACCGGUGUUAUCCACGCACGAUCGUCUGAACGCCCAAAGUCUUUUCUCCUAGAAAUUAACCCUCGACCCCCCGGGCAAUCCGAUUCACUUGGCUCAGCAUAUGUCAACAGCGUAGAUUAUUAUGCGCUAUACAUCAUGCAGGCCAUUGGCGACGAAACGCGAUUUCGUAGUCUAGCGUGCCCCUUUUCAAACGGCCCGCAGUGCCACCUAGCGACCUCGCCUAUACCCAUCCGCAUGAGCGGGAGAUUGGCAUCUGAUAUCAAUAUAGAGUCCACAUCUCGCGAUUACCCAGAGAUUCCCUCUAACAUGCUGAUGUUGCACCCAUUCUAUCAAAAGGGAGAGAUGGUCCCAGACCGAGAUGAGCUCAGGCUUCCAUGGCUCGGAUUUUGCGUAGUUGCCUCUAGGAGAGGCCGAAGAGACUUGAUGGAGAAAGUCAUGAUUGUGCGCGAUGAACUGCAAUUCGAGGUGACGCCAGUGUCCGCUUUUCGAGAACAUAAACUGAGUUUACCAUCGUUCGUUGAGUCGCAAUAUGGUGAAACAGGCAGGUGUUGA